CCUGGGUUUCCACACUGAGUAGUCAGCUGAACAACUACUGGGAGGCGGUGCUUUCGGAUGGUUUGUAAUUAGUUGUCUUCUCUUCAGAGAUUUUGGGACAGACCCUAGGAAGGAGAAGAGGCGGCUUAAACUUUGUGUCAGUUUUCAACCUGACUUCAACAUUGACGGAGGACCAAGAGUGACUUUAAAUUAAAAAGCAGAUUGUUUGGGACUUUUUGGGGAUCUUUGAAUAUGUGAUCUUUAAAAAUACGUCUUUUAUUUUAUUUGGAAUCUGUGCGUCCUGAGAGCUGCAACUACACGCUGGAGCUGAACUAAAAGUCCUGAACACUUUUCAUCUGCAGCGGGUUCCUCCGAAGUUGAAGAGAUUCAUGGAGAAGACACUGACAAUAGGCCUGACUCUUUUCUUAACACUCUGUCUGAACAUACCAGAAGCUACAGGACGGAAGGAGGGCGCUCAUGGCGAGGACACUCAGAAACGUUCGUCCCGAUCGUCAGACACAAAAGGAGGCCGUUGCUCCUACACUUUCAUUGUCCCGCAGCAAAAGCUCACAGGAGCCCUGUGUUUAAACACACAGUCUGCCACCACAAACCACUCAGAGGUGGCGGUGCUGCGGGCGGAGCUCAGACAGCAGCAGGAGCAGAUGGACCGGCUCCGGGGCCAACUGGAGCAGGAGGGGACCCUUGCUGUGGAGGUGAGAGCCCUGCGCAAAGAGAGUAGCAACAUGAAUUCUCGCAUUGCACAGCUCUAUGCCCAGCUGUUGCAUGAAGUCAUGCAAAAGAAAGACCAGGUUUUGGAGCAGCGGAGGGUGGAGAACCUCCUGCUAAAUGCUACAACACAGGCUCUGCAGGUGUCCAGUAACUACAGGGAGCUUGAGAAGAAAUAUGGAGCGCUUACCUCCAUGAUGAGCUCCCAGAACCUGUUAAUUGCUCGCCUGGAGAAGCAAUGCCAGUGCAGGGUAUCCACCCAGUCCUCUUUGUCUGGACAGGUAACGACUGAACCACCACAAAGCCAGUCCAAUAUGCAUCCAAAUUACAGCUCUGACGCCAACGAAAUGACCAACGAUGUUCAAAGGGACCAAAGUGCUCCACCAACACAAAAGGAAAAAACUGCUGAUUUCAUCCCCAGCACAACAGCCAACACUCCUACAGACUCUCCAUUCAUUAGCUUUCCUGUCACAAAGACUCCAGGCCCGUGGCGAGACUGUCAGCAUGUUUUGGAAUCAGGUGAGACCACCAGUGGGAUCUACCUGCUCCGCCCACAGAGCGCCAACCGCCUUCUGCAGGCGUGGUGUGAGCAGAGUCAGGCUCAGGGAGGCUGGACAGUCAUCCAAAGGAGACAGGAUGGGUCUGUCAACUUCUUCAGGACUUGGGAGCAGUAUAAGCAAGGCUUUGGGAACCUAGAUGGGGAGUACUGGCUUGGUCUAGAACACCUCUACUGGAUGACUAAGCAGGCCCAGUAUAAGCUACGGGUGGCUCUGGAGGACUGGCAGGGCCGACAGGUGUUUGCCGAGUAUGAUAGCUUCCACCUGGAACCAGAGAGUGACUGGUACCGACUGCGGUUAGGACAAUACCAAGGCACUGCAGGGGACUCCCUCUCUUGGCACAACAACAAGGCCUUCACCACUCUGGACCGAGACAAGGACAGCUAUACAGGUAACUGUGCUCAUUUCCAAAAGGGAGGCUGGUGGUACCACAUGUGCGCCCACUCCAACCUGAACGGUGUGUGGUAUCGGGGCGGACACUAUCGCAGCCGCUACCAGGACGGGGUCUACUGGGCAGAGUUUCAUGGAGGGUCCUACUCUCUGAAACGCGUUUCCUUGAUGAUCAAGCCCACAUAACAUUUCUUUAUUAUGGACAUAUAUGAAAAACACUGUAAUGAACUGAAGCAGACUUUUCCUCAAAGAGUAUAUUUCACUGAA